GCCCUCAUUUUUUCAUUCCAUUGCAACUCAUUGUUCCUUCAUUCUCACUAUCCUUUUGGAUUAUCCAGAGAGACAUAUAUAACCACAUAAACAAGAAGCAUUAAAGGAGCUUUGAAAGAAUUUGGUUACGUAUUAUUGCUGAAAGUUUGUCCCUUUUUUUAUCAAGUUGAAAAGAGUGUAGUAAUGGGGAUUACUUCUUUGCAAGUCUGCAUGGAUUCAUCCAACUGGCUACAGGACACAAUUCACGAGGAAACUGAAUUCGAUUCUUCUUCUUCGCCAUCAGGUGACAUUUUCACAUGUUCAAGGCCUUUAAUAGAAAGAAAACUAAGACCCCAACAUGACCAACCUCUGAAUUGCCCUCGUUGUGACUCAACACACACAAAAUUCUGUUACUACAACAAUUACAGCCUUUCUCAGCCAAGGUAUUUCUGUAAAUCUUGCAGAAGGUACUGGACUAAAGGGGGAACUCUAAGGAAUAUCCCUGUGGGUGGUGGAUGUAGGAAGAACAAAAAAGUUUCUUCCAAGAAACAGUCUAAUGACACUAAUGCCCCUCACCAAAUACCUAAUUACCAUAAUGCUGGAUCAUCUAAUUCAUCUUCUAUUUCUAAUUACCCUGAAAUGGCAUUUUCCCACUUCAACAACUUCAUGGGAAAUAACAAUAUUAAUAAUCCUAGUUUCAUGCUUCAUGAAAACCAUGCACCUAUUGAUUUUAUGGAGAGCAAGUAUGAAGCUUUGAUGGGGACUACUUUAAAAAAUCAAGAUUUUAUUGGGAAUGUCGAUGCUAGAAUGAUCAACGGAUAUGGUGAGAUGGAUAAUGCUGGAAUCAAUGGACCAAAUUUUCAUGGUGGAAUGUGCUCCACAUUUGGAUUGCCCAUGGAUGGGAACAACUUUGGGACUAUAAAUUGUGAGGGACAAAAUAUAACAAUGGAUGUGAAGCCAAAUCCCAAUAUUUUGUCACUUGAAUGGCAUGACCAAGGCUGCUCUAAUGCUGGAAUUGGAAAUAAAGAAACUUUUGGGUAUCUCAAUGGAGGGCUAGGAUCUUGGACUGGAUUGAUGAAUAAUGGUUAUGGUUCAUCUGCGACGAAUCCAUUAGUUUGAAUUAAAUCAGCAAGACUUAUAGUCUAGUGGUAUCGAUGACAUGGAAUUCAGUGAAAGUUUGUCACGCAAUAGAGAUUAUUAGUAGAUGUUGGUUCAAUUGUCAUUAGUCUAAGUUAAGUCACUUUUGCUUUAGUAACCACUUCUAAUUUGGGUUGUAAUCUCAUGUUGCUGUAUCAUGAGUUGUUGAGUUUAUCUCAGGCAUAAUUAAGGAAUUAUUAGGCCUCAUGAAUUAUCCCCUACCUCUACCUAAAUUCCUCUGAUGCAAUGGUGUACUGAUUUUGUACUCAACAUGUCUUUUUGUGAAGGAUUUUCCCUAGUUUAAUUAAAGUAAUUAA